AGUUAUUCUCUGUCCAAUAGGAAUUGUCGUUUUAACGGUACGGAUCGUACCACCGUUUUGGCCCCUCCCAUAUCUCUGCUGUAUGAAAUUUUGUGAACAAAGUACAGACAUGGAAAUCGGCAAAAUAGUGACAUGUAAAGCCCCAAUUAACAUUGCUGUCGUCAAGUAUUGGGGCAAGCGAGAUGAAAAAUUAAUUCUUCCUGUGAACUCGUCUUUGAGUGCUACCCUUCAUAUUGAUCAACUGUGCACCACCACGACUAUAGCUGGCAGCAAACACUUCCUUGAAGAUAGACUCUGGCUCAAUGGCAAGGAAGAGUCUUUAGAGAACCCAAGAGUAAGAACCUGCUUACAAGAGAUUAGGAAAAGGGUUCGGAAGAGGAAGAUAUCGGCCGACGAAUCAUGCCCUGAGGAUUGGAAGCUUCAUAUCUGUUCUGAAAACAAUUUCCCUACUGCUGCUGGUUUAGCUUCAUCUGCUGCUGGAUAUGCAUGUCUGGUCGCUACCUUGGCACAGGUCUAUGAUGUCCAAGGGAACGUGUCCGACAUCGCCCGUCAGGGCUCUGGGAGCGCAUGCAGGAGCAUGUAUGGGGGCUUUGUGGAGUGGCUGGAUGGGGAAUCUAAUGAUGGCAGUGACAGUAUAGCUCAACAGGUGGUAGAUGAGACCUACUGGCCGGAGAUGAGAAUCCUUAUACUUGUAGUUAGCGAUCAGAAGAAACACACGAGUAGCACUGCUGGUAUGCAGACUACUGUAGAAACAAGUGAACUCCUUCAGCACAGGGUAACAUUGAUACCAGGAUACAUGGAAACUAUGAGGAAAGCUAUCAGGGAAAGGGAUUAUGAGACUUUUGCUCAACUUACUAUGAAGGACAGCAAUCAGAUGCAUGCUGUGUGUCUGGACACCUACCCACCUAUAUCCUACAUGAAUGACACAUCAAGGUCGAUUGUUCAGAUGGUCCAUGAUUACAACUCAUUCCACGGAAAAACCAAGGCCUGUUACACCUUUGAUGCUGGUCCCAAUGCAGUACUGUACAUCCUUGAGGAGAAUGUGAAUGAGGUGCUAUCUCUGAUCCAUCAUAGUUUCCCUCCUUCUGGAGACAAUGUAGAGUACAUCAGAGGAUUGGAUAGUAGUAUUCAUGAUAUAUCUGAGGAUCUCCAAAGUGCCAUGAAGCGAGACCCCAAUCCAGGUGCUCUGAAAUACAUCAUCCACUCCAAAGUAGGACCAGGACCACAGGUAGUGAUAGACCAGGAACUGAGUCUACUGGACCAAAAUGGAAUGCCUAAGAAACUUGCUAGUUGACGUUAAAGCUUGUAAAGCUUGUAUUAGUCAUGGGCCUCCACACACCGAAUCUGAUCCAAAUCGCCCUGUCCAAAACUGUAUGAAAUCACCUGUGUAGUGAUUACUUAUGAACUGUUCUGUUUACUAAGUGGAUACUUAGAAAUGGUGAUUGAUUCAUUUGAACUGUCACUUUGGGAUAUAGUGUGCAUCAGCAAUUAUUUUGUCAAAUAUUUCCAUGAACC